AUGGCUCUGAGCGCGCUGCUGGCCUCCGUCCUCUGCACCACCGUGCUGCCGGUCCUGCUCCUCCUGGUGGCGCUGAGGCUCUGGGAACUCUACUGGGUCCGGGGCCGAGACCCGGACUGUCCCAGCCCGCUCCCCCCCGGCUCGAUGGGCUUCCCCUUCCUGGGGGAGACGCUGCAGCUCCUCCUGCAGAGGAGGAAGUUCCUGCAGGUGAAGAGACGGAGGUACGGCUUCAUCUACCGGACCCACCUGUUCGGGUCUCCCACGGUGCGCGUGACCGGGGCGGACAACGUCAGGCACCUCCUCCUGGGCGAGCACCGGCUCGUGUCCGCGCAGUGGCCCGCCUCGGUCCGGACCAUCCUGGGCCCAGACACGCUGUCCAACAUGCACGGGUCCCAGCACAAGACCAAGAAAAAGGCCAUCAUGAAGGCCUUCUCCAGAGACUCCCUGCAGCUCUACAUCCCCGAGAUCCAGGAGGAGGUGCGGGCGGCAGUGGCGCAGUGGCUGCUGAAGGACUCGUGCGUGCUCGUGUACCCAGAGAUGAAGCGGCUGAUGUUCCGCAUCGCCAUGAGGAUCCUGCUGGGCUUCGAACCCGAGCAGGUCCGGACCGACGAGCAGCAGCUGGUGGAAGCUUUCGAGGAGAUGAUCAAGAAUCUGUUUUCUCUGCCCAUCGACGUUCCUUUCAGCGGACUGUACAGAGGUCUCAAGGCCAGAAACUUCAUCCACUCCAAGAUCGAGGAGAACAUCAAGAAGAAGCUGCAGGAGUGCGAGCAGGGCUUCAAACGCAGAGACGCGCUGCAGCAGCUCAUCGACAGCAGCGAGGACAGCCAGAGGCCUUUCAGCAUGCAGGCCAUCAAAGAGUCUGCUACAGAGCUGCUGUUUGGGGGGCACGAGACCACCGCCAGCACAGCCACAUCUCUCAUCAUGUUUUUAGGCCUGAACCCUGAAGUGGUGGACAAAGUGAGGCAGGAGUUACUGGAGAAGGAGGAGCAGGGCUUGGAUCUCCAGAACCUAAGCCUGGAGUGUUUGGAGCAGCUUCAGUACGCCGGCUGCGUCAUCAAAGAAACGUUAAGGAUCAACCCUCCUGUCCCCGGAGGCUUCAGAGUGGCUCUGAAAACGUUCCAGCUCAACGGGUACCAGAUUCCUAAAGGCUGGAACGUCAUCUACAGCAUCUGCGACACUCACGACGUGGCCGAGGUUUUCCCCAACAAAGAAGACUUCGAGCCGCAGCGCUUCAUGAGCCGGCCCUCGGCCGACUCGUCCAGGUUUCACUACAUCCCUUUUGGCGGCGGCUCCAGGAUGUGCGUGGGGAAAGAGUUUGCCAAGGUCCUGCUGAAGAUCUUCUUGGUAGAAGUGGUAACAAAGUGUCACUGGACACUCUUAAAUGGACCUCCCACCAUGAAAACAGGACCGACCGUCUAUCCCGUGGACAACCUGCCAACAAAGUUCACCAGCUGCGUGCACAAUACGGCUAACGUUUACUGA